UUAAAUAUUAGAAAAUGGUAAUAUAAAAUUUAAAUAAUAGUUUUGUUUAUAGUGAGGAUAAUGUCAGAUGUCGCAGUAGGUUAAUUAGCUUGGAACUUGGAAUGAUUCGAAUCGAUGCAAUUUGUUGUUAGUUAUUUAGCGAGUUACUACGGAUAUGGAGGCGAAGGUUUUAUUUAAAGUAUUCAUUUUCUUUACAUUUGGCCAUUCUCUAAGUUAUUGUAAUUUGUUUGGUAAAUUGAACGAAGAUUCUGAGUCGUGUGAAGCUAGUUGUGAUAAAACAUACCCUUUACACACUUAUCCAUCGGCAGAACACCUCACUUGUUGUAAAAGAGGAUGUCGACUGUUUGCUAUGAUCGAUCUCAUACAUGAUGCCGAUAACAUUAAUAGCACCAAAGAUUCUUGCAUGGCAUCAUGUAUGGAAGCCUACAGUCAUACUGCCGAGCGAUACGCCUGCAAUCUUGGCUGUAGUAAUCAAGUCCCAUUUGCAUCGCAGAAACAACAAGAGGAACAGAAACAAACUUUACAUCUCAUGAUGCCCUUGUUGUACAUCCAGUCGAUGUAUAACAAUAUCGUGGAUCACGUUUCACGUCUGGUUACUAAAAGCUGGACAUUAUACAUUCAGCAAGACAACGGAAAAAUGGUGAUCGUUCGUUCUCAGCCGGAAACCGUGCAGGAAUUUUCGGAUACAGAUGAAUUUAUAGAUUCACAAGAAAAUGAUUUUCCCAACGAACCAAUCAGAUUUGAAGGUGCACAGAUGCACAGGCUUACCGCUUAUCGAAGCAACUCCCACUACGGCGUGGCUCUCGGAGGAUUUGGUCGUGAGGAAGUCUCCAGAUAUCCUGAAAGAACGGCAGCGGCAGACUGGUUGGGUUGCAUCUCGAGACAGUCUGGCAUACCGCGAUGGUUGUUGGUGUUAGUACUGUUCUUGGCCGUAAUGGUCAUGGUGUGGCUUUGCUGUGCCACCGCAGUCACUGCUCCGGAACAACAUCUUCGCCCUCAGAAACUUCAUAUCAAUGGUGAUCUUGAUUAUUUAUUAGUUUGUAGUCCCGCAGAAAAAAUCAAGAUUCAACCGCCUCAAGAUCCUCAGGCACCGCCUCUGCCCGUGAAAAUUAAUUUAAAUCAGGCAUAGUUCAUUCAGAUCAUACUUUUACUCAAACAUUUAUUUAGUUAUUUACCUUACGUUAAAAUUGCACAUCACCAAAAAUUUAAAUAGUUUUGCAUAGUUCGAAUGCAACACAAUACAGUCUAAAAUAAGAGUACCAUAAUAAUAAUAAUAAGCCUUCACGUCGAAUGAAGUCGGUAGUCGAAACUUUGAUAUCUUGUUGUAAUUUUUGGUAAUGAGAAAAAUUUUCUAUGUUGAUUUUUUUAUUAUUAUUAUAAUGUACAGUUUUUCUUUAUGAUGUUCGAGCAUUUAAUUUUUAUCGGUAAUUAACGAUGGGUUCGUACGCCUUGUUGGUACGUGUUGUGUUACAUACGUAAACAUUAAGGAUGAUUUCGGAUGUUAUUCUAUUUAAGAGACAAAUUUAAGUAAUUUAGCUCUGGAUCCCAAAAGAUCUAAAACAUGCAUUUUAAUCAGAUAGUGCAGUAUAGCAUUUUCAAUAUAGGUGUGUAUUAAUUUUACAUUGUCGUUCUGAGGUGGGUCGGCAAUUUAUCGAAUUUCAUUGCCAAUAAUGAAAGUCUGUGAUGUCUCUCGUGAAAUCAGUACUAGUCUUUUUUUGACUUUUCGAUCGACGGCUCUCGCCAUACAUGUUGUCCAUUGCAUCGUUUGCAUUUUUCAUUCUUCCUCGAAAGGUUUUUUGCACUUUAAUAUUAAUCGGGAGUAGUAGUAAUAAAGUUAAGCACGGAAAUCAAGGUAAGAGUCUCAAAUGGUCCUGUGCAAUACGAAACAUUUAUUUUUUAAUUUUGUUAUCCACGUGUAUUCCGAUCGUCGGUAGUUAUUCCGAAUUUAUCGAAGCGCCCACCCCGUCGGCUUGGAUUUUAUUUUUAUUGGCUCUGCCGCCAAAAUAAGAUUUGGCCUAUGGUUUGUACAUAUAGGAUUGUCUGUUAUAACUAACUUGGCACAGAUAAGUUCUGUUAGAUGUUAUUACUAUUGCUCUAUAUGUCAUCUUGUAAGUACUUUAAUAACACUACUGGUAUGUAUUGUUAUCUCAAUGAAGAUAUCUAAAUUGCUGUACUAAAGAAUUUCACAUUCAAUCGAUGUUAAACAAGAUUGAAGGUUGUAUGAAAAAAUGACAUUUGAAAAUAAAGAGUACUAUAGUCAUAUAUAACCUA